AUGCCGAGCUCAUGUAAAGAAAUAAGAGCCGCACUGGCGCAGUGCCUGCAAGAGUCCGAAUGCGUCAUGGUGCACCGCAACUCGGCCGCCGACUGCCUGCGCGAGCCCCUUUCCGAGACGCUCCCGACCAAGUGCCAGCAGCUCAAGAAGGGCUUCGGCGAGUGCAGGCGCGGCAUGAUCGACAUGCGCAAGCGCUUCCGCGGCAACCAGCCCAUCACCUUCAAGAGCCUCGAGUCCAGCGAGUCCACGGGCGAGGGAUACCAGCUGUACGCCGGAGCCUCCGCGUUCGGCGGCGGCGUCAAGAAGACCGACGGCAACGAGCCCGAGCCCCGCGACUGGCGGGAGCUGGAAAACGAGAAGUACCGCACCGAGCAGGAGCAGAAGAAAAAGUGA